GUUACCUACUUGCACAAAUUUAAAGCCUGCGCUCCCUAACCGCCUCCCUCUCAGAGAUGCCCAAGUACGUUCCCGUCUCGGGAAUCAUCUGACGCUCCCCCACGCCCGCGCCCCCUGCGCCCGCACAUCUCCACCGUCCAUCCCCAGCUGCGUCCCCGGUCGCCACGCUGGCCCGAUCCGCCGUGGAGCCUACCGAGGCCACGGUCAGACGUGGCCGCCACGUGGCUGCCAUGUCUGAUUUUGUGGAGGCGAUCCGACGGCCGUGAGGCUCCAGCGCUCCUGCACUGUCGAUCAUGGAAAGACGAAGGAAUUCGACGCUGUAUAAAUGCCACAAUGUGACAUCUGAGAGAGAGAGAGAGAGAGAGAGAGAGAGUGUGAUGGGGACAGAGAGGAGGGCCGUUUCGCGGGGCAUUUAAGCGUGAUUUUGCUGAGCGAAAGCUUCGGUUUUUCCGUCUCUGUGGAGGAAGAAUUCGGAGAUUCUGGGCUUUGAGUAGAAGAAAUGUAGCCACUGGACAGUAUAUGAUUCGGGAGUUCUGAUGUGAAUCGAAUUGAUUGGAGUGUUGAAGCUUUAGAGAGAGAGAGAGAGGGAGAAGCAGAGGGACAGAUAAGGAGAAAGAGGCGGAGAGAUAUCUGGCAACUGUAUUGAUUUUUCCUUUUCCCUUUCCUUCGAAAUAGAAUACCCAAACGCCCCACUUUUUCGUUUCUCUUUCCGGCGUUCUUUUCGAUAUUCGAUCGAAGAGAGGAAAGAUCUGGAGAGGGUGGUGGUGGGCUUGAGCUUGCUGAGGUGGGUUCGACGGAUUCUGAGCCAACGAAGCCGUUUUCAACUUAGAUGUUAAUACAAACAAUAAAAAAUAAUAAUAUCCCAGAAAUGGACAAGUACUCGACGGUUCGGGACGUAAGGCGCGGAGCGAGUCGGUUCUCUCUCACUCCUGGGAAGCGACAGAUUGAUAAGCAGCAGCGCUCCGCCUCUGCCUCCGCCUCUGGUGGUCACAAGCUUCUCUCAUCAGUAUCUGGCGGAAGUGGGGAUGCUGAGUUUGUGGAUAAAUCGAAGAGAGAGAAACUGAGAAGAUUAAGUACUGUUGUGGGUUUGAGGAACGACGAGAGCGAAAUGGGUUGUUUUGGGUCAGGCGGAGAAGAUGAUCUUCCUUCAAAGGCACCGUCUCCGAGUAUCGGCGGCAGUAGCAAAAAAUUCAAAAUACCCAAAAAGUUUUUUGAUGACUGUAGUUCAGUUGAUCAUCCAUCUGUUCCGCGGAAGUUACGGUCAGCCAUGAAGAAGCGCAACCGUGAAUCGGUCUCUGCCCCGUUGCCAGAUUUUAAUAAGUCUGACCAUACCAUUAAUGGUGUGAAGAAAUCCAAAUUGAACAUGAAUCAAGAAGACUUGGACCAGCAGCCUAGACGGGCUAUCUCGGGUCCAAUCACCAAAGAUGAGGAAGAAGUUGUAGAGACAUUAUAUGCUUUGGCUGGGAUGUUUCCCGACAAUGACACCACAGAUAAGAGCAAACUGGAAGGUGAACCUUCAACCUUGCCAAAUGCUGCAAGAGAGAGUAGUCUCCCUGCAUCUGAAGCUUCCGAAGAUCCUAACACAAUUAGUCACUCAGCAAUUGCUUCUGCCAAUCCUUCAUCCGACAUAGAAGUUCCCCAAGACACUCUCAAACUCAACUGUUUGACUGAAUCCACUGCUCCAGAGCAGUCUAAUUGGCCCGUUGGCAAACCAUAUAAUAUUGAGUCGGCAAGCUGUGCUCCUCAAGCCGACCUUCAAACGGUGCCUCUUUUGUCUAUAAGUGAACCUAAUGAUGAAAAGCCUUCAUUCAAAUCUGCGAGCACUAGUUUUCCAUUUGAACUUAGCCUAGAGAAUGGAUUAAAGCAGCCCAAACAGCAGGAAACCCCUGAGAGAGAACCAGAAAUUACAUUGGAGGUGAACACCAGUGGAUGUCAGCUAGAGACACAACAUACCAUAAAGGAAAGCAAGAACAAUGGUUCUGCAUUGUGGCCUGGCUUGUCUUCAACGGGGUUGCAUGUUUGUGGGAUGCAUGUUGCUUUGCAGUCCUCUUCUUCUAAAAGUCCAUCUUGGAUGGAUGCUGCUAUUAAUACUGCAAGAUCUGGCUCAUUCGAAACUAGUGCUUCAAUAAAAAAGGUCUCUAGAGUUACUGGUGAUAGAAGGAUGCCAUGGAAGAGAUGUGCAACUCAUGUUUACAUAAGUCGUCUCAUUCAGGCUUUAAAAGUUUCAGAUAGAAAAGAUAGAUCACCAAUUCAGCUUAAUGAGUUGAAAACAAAUGAAGGACCAAAUCAAGUUCAUAUGGGUACCAGCUGCCUAAACAGGGUGAAAGAUGGCUUGCAGGGAGUUGGUUUUUAUUGCAGCAUAGCUGGUUCUACUGCCGAAGAAAACCAAAAUGAAGCUAGAACUGGUAUUCUUCUGCACAAGAGGCUUCAUACAGAUCAGCAACAUGCUACGGCCUCUGGGGUCUAUGCUUCACAGAAGCAGAGUUUCGAUUUCCUGUCUUUGUCAGCUGAAGGUGUUGGUGUGGAUGCUAAUAACAGUGCUAGGAGGGCAGGCAAUGGUUUGGAACCGUUGUCACAGUUCCACAUUCCUUACCUGCACUCACUGUCACAACAUCAUACAACUGUGCCCCUCUCCGUGGCACAAACUUGCUAUUCCUCCUCUCCUUACACUGACCAGCUUCCAGGCCCAGCAACAGCUGCCCCGGCACAGCAGCAGGUUCAGCUUCAGCUACCUCCAUUUCUUCGCACCCCAUUUUGUGGUCCUCUUAUUAGUCCCACAAUCUCGACAAACCACCACCACCAGAGUCAGCAGCAGCAGCAGCAUCGAAUUUGGGCAGGGCAGCUGCCAACUCAAUAUAGGCCUGGGGGAAUACCUGCCUCCCAUAUUUCAAACUGGCAAAACAGGAGGCAAGAUUCUUCACCUUUGGUCCAACAUGCCCAAGCCAUUCUUCCACCUUCCCCUUCCUCACUUGAAGUACUUGGUCCCAAAUAUGCCCCAAUCUUGCCCCAACAAUCGCAGCUUAUUGCCAUUGCAUCGUCAUUGCCUCCGGCAAGGGUGAAAAGGCAGCAGCACCAUUUCUCUUCUGGCUAUGAAGAGAAUGGGGGUGGUUUCUGUUCUGAUGGUGCUCUCCCUUUGCAGUUACUAUGCAAUGAGCACCUUUAACAACACAUGCGGUCUACUACUGUUGGCAGAUCAGAUGGAUGGACGGAUAGUUGGAUCAUUAUUUCAUUCUUUCCUUUGUUCAUUCUCGGAAUUGGCUGCUGGACUUCAUGAACGGAGAAAUGGGAGAGUAAGCAAACAUGUAACCCAUAUUUGAUUACUUUUUAUGUUUACCAUUGGAGGAUCACGGGGAUAAAAGCAAGUUAGGUCUCAAUGUUAGAAGAUGACCCUUGGGACCCACCCUGCCCAACUACUCCGAUGCAUGCCUGAUGCGAUGGGGUAAGUGAACAUUUGUAGCGUGAACAAUUUAUGACUGUAUUUAAAGCACGUUCUUGCUCAUCUUUAUAGAGAUAUAUGUCAAAUAUAAAGUUAAAUUUUGUAUGUGAA